CUUCAGUGCUCCCACAGCAAUGUUUUGGAGGAUAUAAGGAACCUCCAUCAGUGGCCGACCACGUAAUGAAGCUGCCACAUCUCUAUGGGCUGUGGCCAGUAUUGCUCCUGGAGUGGACCAGAGCUGCUUCUUAGAUGUUAUUCCUGUUUUCAGCAUCCAGGAGAGGACAGUGCUGGAAUGAAGCUUGUUUUGCCAGGGGAGGUGCAGAAUGAAUAUUAGGAAACAUUUCUUCUCAGAAGGAGCGGUGCUGCAGUGUUCACAGACUGCCCAGGGAGUGGUGGGGUCACCAUCCUUGGAGGUGUCCAAGAACCAUGGAGAUGUGGCACUGAGACAGAUGUAACUGAGAAAACAACAGUGACACUCCAGCAUCCCCUGUGCUCUGGUGCCCACGACCUGCAGUCAGCAUUGUAGGGUCCUGGGGAGGGCUCUGGGUGAGAACCCCUAUGUGCCUUCCGCAUGGAUGCCAAAGGACAGGAUGCCACCCAAUGGCCAGAGAUGACCCAGGUGGAAAACCUCGGUCCUAAGGCACAUUCCUGUGGUGUGAGUGUCCCAGGUACGCUGGGAGCUUUCUCCCUGUGAGCCCACACAUCCCACAGCCUCUUCUGUUCUCCUCUCAGAAUGUGGUUUUUCAGGUCUUCAGUGCUAGUUUUGGUUGCUGGACCACAGACUAAGCUUUACCUCUGGUUUCUGGAAUCAGCCUUUCACCCAGUAAGUAAGAAGAAUGACCCACAAAUGGACCGCCGUGUUUUGUUCUGCUCUCAAACUGAGCAGCAGGAACUCCUCUGGAUUCUGACCCAGCAGCACAUCUCCCAGCAAGUGAUGGGCUUGAAUGCCUGCAAGGGAGGGCUGGAGGGUUUCUGUGCAAACAAAACCCAUUUCUAACCUUGGCAGCUGCAGCAAAGAGCUCCUGGUUGUCACUCCGCACUCAGGGAGCCACACAAGAGGUGGUGUACCUUCUCCCUUUGAAGUACGUGGGCACUUUCCUUGGCAGCCAGCAGCCUCAGAGCCGGCCGUGAGACCCACUGGGAAUUAUGCUCCCACUCGUGAGCAAGAGCCACCUAUUUCAGGCAGAGAACACUUCAUCCUCCUGAAUCGAACCACCUGCAGGAGGAACCCAAGCUCUUGGUCUCACAGGAUUUGGCCAUAAAACACCAGGAACACCUGCGUUCUUCACCCCAUUCUGUGGCAGAGUCCGGGAAUCUCCUCCAGCUCCCAGUAAGGGCAGGAGCCAGCUGGGAAUCGCCCAGGUCAUCAAAGCCAUCUACCCAACACUCUCUGUCUGACACUGAGUCUCCUUAAUGUCCAGAAUGUGCCUUUUUUUCUACUGAAAAAUAGGAUCAUGGCGCAGUUGGGUGGAAGGGCCCCUGAAGCCCUCCCCAGCCACAUGAUGGGUUCCCCCUACCUGCCCAGGCAGCCCAGUGCCCCAGCCAGCCUGGUCGUGAGCGUCUCUGAAAUGAAGAUUCAUGCUUCAAAGGGAGAAUGCAGAAGAAAACAUCACUGUAAAGCUUCAGCCCUUGUGCCAAUGGGUGUGUCUGCAGCUUUAAAUUUAGGGAGAACCAGGGUUUGGUGGAAAUGCAUAGUUCUUAACUUGCCCACUUCAGAAGUGUACAAAAGCUGGGCAGAGUUUUAGAGUAGGCUGAACUCAGACAUUGCCUUUGAUGGUGCAGGAGCUAUGAGACAUGUGGGCAGUCUGCCUGGCGGUGGAAGAGCUCGCAUGUCACUAUCACCUGCCACCAUCCCACUGCUCCAUUUCCAGGAGAGGACACAAAAAUAUGAUGAGGGGCACACACACGUAUCUCUGAUAAAUAAGCCACCUGAAUUGGGUUUUUGUAGAAUCACAGCAUGCUCAAGUUGGAAGGGACCUUAAAGCCUCCGUAGCCCCACCCCUGCUGUGGGUGCCCUCCCAGCUCAGGCUGCCCAGGGCCCAUCCACGGCCUCGGGCACUUCCGGGGAUGGGCACCCACAGCUCCAAGCAGCAAUGCCAAGGCCUCUGAGUGAAAGAUUUCCUCCUCACAUCUAAUCUAAAUCUGUCCUCUUCUAGUUUAAAGACAUUUCUCCUUGUCUUAUCACUGUCUGCCCAGGUAAAAAGUUGCUCUUCUCCUGUUUAGAAGCUCCCUUUAUGUACUGGGAGGCUACAAUGAGGUCUUCCUAGAGCUUUCACUCUUCCAGGCUGAACAACCCCAGAUUUUGAUGCAGGCCUCUUGCAGAACAGGGAUAGAUCCCCAAAUCUGCAUUGAUUUUGUUGCAUUAGGGAAAAACAGUGGAAGACUCCUUGAUCCCAAGCAGAGCGCUGCAGGGCAGAGCCAGGAGGACCACAUCACAUACAGGGCAAAAUCCCAUGGCUCCUGGUGGUCCCUGGAGGGCAGGGCUCGUGCCAUGUCAUUUUGUGUGCCCGUUAAGGCCAUCUGUAGGCAAGAUUAGAGCUCCAUUAACAGGUAAUCUUUUUAAUUAAUCCUUCCCUCUGCAUUCACACUGCUCGAGUGCAAGUAACUGUGACGCUUGAGGCUCAGCCAAGGAGAGGACUCACGGCACAACUUAAUGUGGAGUAUAAAGUUUGUUUCCCUUCUCAUCACCAACAGAACUUUUAGAAUAUGUGGUAGAUAAAAAAUUCAGCAAGUUGUGGUUGUGUAGGGGAGAAGGAUGGAUCAAGGUGAGGAGGUAGUGCUGCGUCUAGGCCAGCCCCUGUGAGACACCGAUGUACAAACACACAGACCGUCUGCUUGUCUUGGAUGGGUAUGUGGCUAAAAGAAAGCAUAAAUUCCAGAAAAGCAAAAGGCUUUUUUAUUGGGAAUUAAUGGAGAAGUCUCUUCAUUGCCACUUCAUGCUAGGACAAGAGCGGUAGGGGCACAACCAGAGCCUCCUCCAGCAGUUGAAGAUGGAGGCAGGCUCCUAACAGUGUCCUGCUCUGUCUCCUACUCCAGGAGAACACCUGUAGCUGAAGCUUACUACAUGUUAAUUUCAAUGGAAGUCUGAAAUAGGACUUUGGGGAGAUGCGAUACCAGAUUUCAAGCAAUAUUGAUCAGAUAAUGUGGCUGGGAUAAAUUGCUGCAGCACAGAUGUAACUCCCAUGGCACAUUCUAAGUACUGAUGUAUCUUCUGGGAGGGACAAGAACAUGCUCCCUCAUGUUCAAGACUAGGCUGGAUGGGACCCUGGGCAACUUGGUCUAGUGCCAGACCUGCAGGCUGGUGGCCCUGCUGGUGGCAGGGGGGCUGGAACUUACAGAUCCUUGGGCUCCUUUCCAAGGAUCUGGAACAUUCUAUGAUUUGAUGGUUCUAUGACAGUAACAUGGGAGCAGAGGCCAAUCCUCACUCACAACUACCCAGGGAGCUGUCACAUGCUUUGUAAAGAGCAUCCCCAGGAGCUCUGCCCAGAGAGAUAUGCCUCCAAACUGUGGCAGUACCGUGGCUGUGGCCACCUUGCGCAGCUGAGAGCGAAGGGCUGAAGGGUGAGGUCAGGCUGCCCACUGUGACAUCAGCAAGGAUGUCACAAUGCAGGGGAUGGUUUUAGGGCCGUCAGCAGGCAGUGCUGCUUCACUUUGGCCUGGGCCAUAGGUAAGUGCAGCAGCAUGGGAAGGUCGAGCUGGACGAGGGACACGGUGCAAACACCGGCCCCUGUGGGAGUGCCACGGGCAGUGCUUGGAACUGUCCCUGCCAGCGCUGGCCUCAGUCCCUGCUGCCACCCAUCUCCUUCUACCCACUGCUCCUCCCUGAGCACAGGGCCAUGAGGCUCCUGGCCCCGCUCCCUCCCAGCCCCACUGAGCCCCUCUCUCCCAUCUCUUGCAGAUCAUGGCUUUGGUGUUGGUUCUCGCCUUGUUGGUGAGGGCGCUAAUUGUCAGUGGCAGUGACCAUGCGGUCAUGCUUGAGCGCGUGCAGCAGCACGAGAAAGAGCAGAGGAACGGGGAGCAGAGCUGGGUGGACAUGUCGGCUCUGCUCUUUACUCUGCUGCAUUACUGGAAGAUCUGGUUCUGUACGGGACUGUUUGUCUUCCUCUUUUGGAAUAUGUGGCGGUCCCUAAAAAGGAAGCAGCAUGAGGAAGGGGGACAGCAGGAACAGCAAGAACGGGAGGAACAGGUGGAAGAGGUGGAACGUGAGGAACAGCAGGAGCAAGUGGAAGAGGAGGAACAGCUGGAACGGGUGGAAGAGCUGGAACAGGAGGAUCAGGUGGAACAUGUGGAACAGGAGGAACAGGAGGAACGGGAGGAUCAGGGGGAACAGGUGCAGCAGGAGGAACAGGUGGAAGAGGUAGAACAGGAGGACGAGGAGGAAGAAUACUUCCAUCAUUCAGCACUGACCAGAUACAUUGCACGGCGUGCCUGGGAAAAGAUGCAAGGAAAGGCCACCAAGUGCGUGCUGGUGGAGGAGCUGAUGAGCGACCUGCUGCAGACCUACACAUUUGUCUGUUCAAACAGCUUCUACCCGGUGCUGCAGCCUGCCAUUGGGGUGGGCAGCGCCUUUGAAGGCUGGAGUCCCUGUGAGGAGGACAUUGUGUACCGCCUGCUCGUGCCCAUUAAGGCCCCCCAUGGGCACGUCUUCCACCCGGAGCUGGGUGAGGAAGGGGAGGUGCUGGCAAGGAACUCCCGCAUCCGUGUGGAGCUGGUGUGCAUGUGCACAAGGGAGCAGCAGCUGGGGGACGUGCUGUGCUUCCUCCACCACUCUGAGGAGGAGCUGAGCCAAAAUCAGCAGCCCAGCCUCCUACAGACGCUCUGCACCGGCUCCUACCUGGAUGUGCAGAAAACUGCCGCCUGGUUCAACAAGCAGGUACCAAGAACCUGGAGGCUCACGCACCGGGCACACCGUUACGGCCUUAAGGUGCUGCCCUCCAGCCGCUCCUGCAAGCUCCAGGUGACAGACACCUCCAGCGGGGAAAAAGUCCACGUUGAGCUGCUGUUCGGGGUGCAGCAAGGCAACCUGGACAUCUUCCUGAGCAGCCAGAACGCAGAGGCCGUCUUUACGCCCAGCACAACAUGGCCGCAGAGCUGCGCUGUGGCGGAAAGGAAGUACUUCGAGUACGUGGCCAGGACCGCUGGACCCAACAGCUGCCACCUGGUCUGCCUGAGGCUCUUUGCUCACAUCCUGGUGGGCAUGGGCUUUUCCACCUACGCCAUCAAGACUCUUCUCCUCCACCUCCUAGCCAUCAUCCCUUUGGAGGACUGGCGCAGGAGGCAUUUCCUGAGCCGGCUGGAGAAUCUCCUGCAGUACCUGCAAUACUGCCUGAACGAUAAAGUCCUGAACCACUUCCUCCUUGGCAACGCGACCAUGCCUGACGAGGUUGUCCUGCCGCAGGCCUUCCAAACAGCCAGCCCGCUCAACCUCUUCCAGCACCUGGAGCAGGACCCGGACGCCCACUCCCGGGUGCUGCGUGACUUCAAGGAGCUGAAAGAUCGCCUCUUCAGACUGCUGCUGUUUGGACGCUGAAAGAGGCGUUUGUCAGAACCCUCCUUUCUUGGGCUCAAAGCUCACAUGCUGUGAGCAAUAAGACUCUGAGCUAUCUAGGAGGCCAGAGGUGGGUGUUGCCGUGUGGCAGUCAGCAUCAGGUUGUGGGCAGUUUACAUCCAAAAGGAUUUCUUUGGAGAGAGUUUGCCGGCUAAAGAUCUGGGCUGAGACCAAAUGACUCCAGCUUGGUACAGGAGAUUUGGGAAUAGUACCAUUGUAUCCUGUGAAGGCAAGACGCAAGUGGGCACCUCCCUGCUCCCUCUUAUCUGCUGGCAAGGCCCAGAAGAUGGUCCCAAAAGGAAGAAGCUGUCACUCCAAAGACAGCCAACUUGGCCACUCUGGACUUACAUUAAUAACUCUGUCCUGUCCUUGGAAAAAGUCAUCCUUGUCGUCGUCAAGCCAACAACAACCUCCGACGACCCAUCUCUACGGAAGGUCAGCAUCGGAACUACGAGCUAUGCUGGAAACCCGGUGGUGGCUAAUUCUCUCUUGCUUUCUACAGAGACUCUUUGCUUUUAUUUCCAAUCUCUUUUCUAUCGCCCGACUUCCCUUGCCCAUCUCCCUAAACAACUAGGAUUUGUAAUAAAGUGGUCGGGCUAACAUUUCA